AUGGCCGGAGCAGGGCUGCUGCCCUCCCUGCCCACGCUGACUGUGCUCGUUCCCCUCCUGUCCCUGGCAGGCCUGUUCUACUCGGCCAGCGUAGAGGAAAACUUCCCCCAGGGCUGCACCAGCACAACCAGCCUGUGUUUCUAUAGCCUCCUCCUUCCUGUUACAGUACCAGUUUAUGUGUUCUUUCACCUGUGGACCUGGAUGGGAAUUAAGCUUUUUAGGCACAACUAGUGUGGUACCUUUGCUAACCCCUGGGCUUUUCUAAAUCAACGUAAUUUGUUUAAUCUCAUCGAGUAUUGCAGUUUAUUUGAGAGAGUUUCCUUCUGGUACUAGGGACUGGCAUUUUCCUGGUAGGAUCUGGAACUGUAUGAAGCAGCAGCCCAUUAUUAACUACUGCUAAUGCAGAUGAAGAGUAGGAGUAAUAAGAAAUACUAAUUCCCUCUGUUUUAUCCUUUAAGAGUGCUGUGCAUUUGUAGUGGCACUAAUUGAAACGUUAGUUUUCCUUAGGAAGAGCUGUACCCUGACUGAAUAAAAUAAAUUAAAAUUAAAACAUACAA